UGUCCGGCCUCGGCGAAGGGGAAGGAGGCUGGGAACCGCUCCUCCCUUCGCUGGCCGGCCUGAGAGGGGAACAGGACUCCCAGGAUGCAGUUUGUGUCAACACGGCCGCAGCCCCAGCAGCUGGCCAUCCAGGGCCUGGGACUGGACAGCGCGAGCUGGAGCUGGGCCCAGGCGCUGCCCCCCGACGAGGUCUGCCCCCAGGAGCCCGGCGCGCCGCGAGCAGGGGAGAUGGCCGAGGGCAUUCCCCCCAUGCAGGCUCAAGAAUGGGACAUGGACACCAGGCGUCCAAUGCCCUUCCAGUUUCCUGCCUUCCCAGAGAGGGCACCUGUUUACCCUGACCGAAUGAUGAGGGAGCCCCAGCUGCCCACAGCUGAGAUCUCCCUCUGGACUGUGGUGGCUGCCAUUCAGGCUGUGGAGAGGAAGGUGGAUGCCCAGGCCAACCAGCUGCUGAACUUGGAGGGGCGGACAGGGACAGCAGAGAAAAAGCUCGCUGAUUGUGAGAAGACGGCAGUGGAGUUUGGGAACCAUAUGGAGAGCAAGUGGGCCAUGCUAGGCACCCUGCUCCAGGAGUACGGGCUGCUCCAGAGGAGGCUGGAGAACAUGGAGAACCUGCUGAGAAACAGGAACUUCUGGGUCCUCCGUCUCCCGCCGGGCAGCAAAGGCGAGGUCCCCAAGGUGCCUGUGACCUUCGUGGAUAUAGCCGUUUACUUCUCUGAGGAUGAGUGGAAGAAUUUGGACGAGUGGCAGAAAGAGCUUUACAAUAACCUCGUGAAGGAGAACUACAAAACCCUAAUGUCACUAGGUGCUGAGAAUCCAAUGCCCAAGCCAGAUGCCCAGUCUCGGGUGGAGCCAAGGGAGGAACCAUGUGUGUGGGAACAACAUAACUCAGAGGAGAGAGAAAUCCCAAUGGAUCCUACCACAGCUAUAGAAGCUCUGAUCCAAGCACCAGCGGCUUCCUCUCAGGUGAAGAGGGAAGAACCAUUGUGUGCCAGGGUUCAGAGGUGCUCAGAAGAAAGAGAAAUUGUUGCCGACACCGUUACCGACUCCCCAAUUUCUACCCAGGACAUCUUAUCCCGGAUUAAGCAAGAGGAGCAACAUUGUGUGUGGGAUCAGCAGGAUUUGGAGGAAAGGGACAUUCCCACCGACCCCAAUUCAGAAUCUCUGAUCUCAGCACAUGACAUUCUAUCAUGGAUCAAACAGGAAGAGGAGCCAUAUCCCUGGGGCCCACCAGAUUCAAUGGAAAGGGACAUGGCCAUUGAUGCCAGUGCCGGUGAUAGGCUGCUAAUGGUCAAGAGUUCUACCCUACCUGUACCCCAGCACCAGUCCCACCAACAGAAUAUCACCCCACUCCCUGGCACUGAGAAUCCAGGUGGGGGGCCCACCCGGGGAGUUGUUGGGAUGCUCGAUGAUCUUUUCCCGAUGGUCUCCAGGGAACGGGGCCUCUGUGAAGGCCUCCACAGUUCUCCAGGGAGCCCGGCAGGCGAAAGCGGUGGUGGUGAUAGCAGCAGCAUAGCAGGCGAGCACCAGCGGAGCCACUUCCUCUCACCUGGACAAGACAAAUCGCACUUCUGUCUUCAGUGUGGCAAGACGUUUGAUGUGCGAAAGAGCCUGAUGAUUCACCAUCGGAGCCAUGCCAAAGAUCGGCCUUUUGAGUGUGCUGAAUGUGCCAAGAGCUUCAAUUGCCACUCAGGCCUGAUCCGCCACCAGAUGACCCACAGGGGUGAGCGUCCCUACAAAUGCUCCGAGUGUGAGAAGACAUAUAGCCGUAAGGAGCACCUACAGAAUCACCAACGCUUACAUACCGGUGAGCGGCCUUUCCACUGUGCCCUGUGUGGCAAAAGCUUCAUCCGGAAGCAAAAUCUGCUUAAACACCAGCGCAUCCACACAGGCGAGCGGCCCUACCAGUGUAGCGAGUGUGGCAAGAGUUUCCGGUAUAAGGAGUCACUCAAGGACCAUCUUCGGGUGCACAGCGCCAGCCUUGGGACCUCUCGGCCCCACCAGGCACUGGAACGGGACUAGGCCAGUGCUGAGGGGUGGGGGUUGGGGCAGGUAUUGG